AUGUCCGCCCUCACCAGCACGCGGCAGUGCGUGGUCGUCGGUGACGGUGCUGUCGGCAAGACAUGUCUUCUCAUCAGCUACACGACGAACAAGUUCCCCUCGGAAUAUGUGCCCACAGUCUUCGACAACUACGCCGUCACGGUUAUGAUCGGUGACGAGCCGUACACGCUGGGGCUAUUCGAUACGGCCGGACAAGAAGAUUACGACCGCCUGCGCCCUCUCUCAUACCCCCAGACUGACGUCUUCCUCGUCUGCUUCAGCGUCACGUCACCAGCGUCUUUCGAGAACGUCCGCGAGAAGUGGUUCCCCGAGGUACACCACCACUGCCCAGGCGUGCCGUGCCUGAUCGUCGGCACCCAGGUGGAUCUGCGGGACGACACCCAGGUGGUGCAGAAGCUGAAUAAGCAGAAGAUGGCGCCGGUGAAGAAAGAGGAUGGCGAACGGAUGGCGAGGGACUUGGGCGCUGUUAAAUACGUCGAGUGCAGCGCGCUCACGCAGUUCAAGCUCAAGGAUGUGUUUGAUGAGGUGCGUACCCUAGCGCCCCCAAGCGGGCCACAGCCUACGAUGAUGGACAAUGACGAGGUCGACUAA